AUGAUGAAUGUCGCUCCAUUAUCUUCAAAGAACCAGUGCAAGGCAAGGUCAUAAAAGGCCACUUAAUCCGGGCUGUGGAGAUACCCAACCGGGGGAGCUGUGACGUGAUGUGUUAUAUGGAGCCCAACUGUGUGUCCAUAAAUAUAGGACCAUCUCCUCAAGCAGGGACAUACAUUUGUGAGUUGAAUAAUGCCACGGAUGACAACAAAGGCUCACGUGUUUUACAGAGUAAAAAGGAUUACAUUUAUCUUGGUAUUGAGAAUCCCUGCAGCAGCAGUCCCUGUUUCAACAAUGGCACAUGUCAAGCUGGAUACACCAGUAAAGGAUUUCGUUGUAAAUGUCCUACUGGAUUCACUGGCGCAUUUUGCAAAGAAGAAAGGACAGGCACAGCUUUUGAUAACCAACCAACAUUUGGUGACAAUCCAAAGGAACGCAACAGAGAAAGCGCCAAACAACAGGGGAACUGGUGGAUAGGGGGAGCUGAAUAUCGACCAAAGGAAAGCGCACCUCCCGGAAAACAACCACCGAAUGCGGAU